AUGUCCAGCCUCUUUUCUUCUUUUACUUCGGUUAUUUUUCCAGUUUUAGUUUGCCCUUCUUCGUUCCUUUUAUUUCGCUCACGUAUACAACAUAUCUUCCCAUUUUCCCUUCACUUUCUUUCCCUCUUAACGGUGAAAGCCACCGGAGCUCCCAUUGCUUUAUCAUCUUUUUUUUUUCUGUUGUUUUUCUCUUGGUCUCUUCCAAUUUCUCAUACAAUUUUAAAAAGAAUGUGUGUUUGCAAGUCUGCAGUUAAAUAA